GCAGCAAAUGCCACGAAUCUUCGCAGUGCGACUCUUUUACUUUGGCCGUAGUCAGUCUAUCUGUGGGCUUUUGACAGAGCUUCACAACGUCGCCUCGCGGAAAUAUGAUAUCAUCAAGGCGAAAAUCCUGCUUCGCUUGUGCCCGGGGCAAAAGGCGGUGCGACCUCGGCUUCCCGGAGUGCGGGCGCUGUCUUGCAAGGCGCGUCACCUGUGUGUAUGCUUGGAUAUCACCAGAAGAAGCCCAAGAGGUGUUGCAGAGUAGCAGCCCGAGUUCUUGGAUGCCGCAGGAGAUUCGACAUGACCAUCACCUUGACCCAAGCGGUCUAACCGAGACACCUCAGUGGAACCAUCACGAGCCCGGACUGGGAGAAAGCUAUGUCAAUGAUGAUGACACAUUCGGCUCGCUGGUGCCCCUCACAACAACUCCCUUCACUGUGUCCCCGGCCUUGGUUCCUCUCUUAGACGAGAUUACGGGCCGAGGGAGAACCACCUCAUUCCUCACCCCAGACCUCAAACUUCAGUCUCCCGACACAUCGUAUGAGAAUGCAGGCUCAGUUUUGUGUGCGCCUCAACCUCUACACAACACUACUAUCCCAACGCCGUCUUUCCAAAUAGCCAGCGACAGCCCCAUAACCACGGGCAGCAUCUUCCAAGCCCGCACGGAGUACGCCGUCGGCCGCCUAGUCCUGCAGGUUAGGGCUUUAGCAGAAACAGGACAGACAGCCUUUAUCCACCACACUCAUGUCGACGCCUCUCCUAUGCUGCGAGAUGCCUUAGCUGCCUGCUCCUUGGACGUUAUGCGCAACUCGGUGAACUUGUUUCUUAUCCGGUCCGAGAUUGCAAGGCGGGCAGAACUGCUUGUGGAGGCCACAGAGACAGCCAUCUCUCUUACGCCGCCCGGUUCCCAUUCGACUAUGAAUCUUGAACUCCUGCCUGCUGUGCAGGCUAUGCUUAUUUACCAGUGCAUGCGAUUAUUCUCGACUAGCGACGUUGCACAGCAGGCACAGGCAGAGCGAGACGCUGAGCCGCUUGCAAGAUGGGUCGGCAUCUUGCAAGGACAGACUCAGUGGCCGCGGGAUAACAGUGCCGGCAGUACGCAGCUCACUCUUUCGGUCUGGAAAGACUGGGUUCAAGCCGAAAGCAUCCGACGCACUGUCGUCUUUGCAGAGCUACUCGAUGGCAUCUAUAGCUUUUUCAGGUUUGGCUGGUACCAAGCCAGUGCGAGAAUGGCCAAGCUGGGCUUUACAGGGCAGGUCGCCCUGUGGGAAGCAAGAUCAGCAGCAGAAUGGCACCAAGCAAUGGGGCAAAGGCCUUGGUUCGAGGUUAAUAUGUCGACUUUCCAUGACAGUAUUAAGGCGGCAUCGCCCGAUGACCUUGAUGAAUUGGGUAUCCUCAUCCGAGUAAGCUAUGACGGCAUUGAGGCGUUGGAGGAGUGGUUGGGUGGCGACCGCAGACUUCUUGAGAAAUGGGGGUUAAAGUCCCGGGAGGGAUUUAUCUCUUCAUUUUAUUGAUGCACGACAACUUCAUGUUUGUUAACUUGGCAAACUCUCGGUUAUUGAUUAUCUCUUGUAGCUGGUUCUCGAUUCCUUCAUCGGCCUCUUCACUACAAGUCGCGGAAACAACGGAGUGUCGCAAUCCUGCACAUUGAGAGCUCUGCUGUUGACCACAUUGGCGUCAUAAUUUUUUGGAAUAAUAAACUGAAACAAUAAAAGCAGAAUCCUCU